AUGGCAUCUUACUUGGCAUCCAUCUACGGCACCGAGCAGGACAAGGUCAACUGCUCCUUCUACUACAAGAUCGGCGCCUGUCGACACGGCGAUCGGUGCUCGCGCAAACACAUCCGCCCACCAUACUCAUGCACGCUGCUUCUUUCCAACGUAUAUCGCAACCCACGACAUCAUGAGCAGGACUGCACCAUCACAGAUACCGAGCUGCAAGCGCAGUUCGACGCCUUCUACCAAGACAUGUUCACCGAACUGGCAAAAUACGGCCAACUCGUCGAGAUGCACGUGUGCGACAACGUGGGAGAUCACCUGAUCGGCAACGUGUAUGCACGAUACAAAUACGAGGCUGACGCACAACGCGCAGUGGAUGCGUUGAAUGACCGGUGGUACGAUGGCAAGCCCCUGUUCGCCGAGUUGAGUCCAGUGACGGAUUUCCAAGAGGCGUGCUGUCGACAGAACGAGACCAACGAGUGCAACAGAGGCGGCUUCUGCAACUUUAUGCAUCUCAGAUACGCAAGCAGACCCAUCAGGAAGGAGUUGAACCAUCAACUGGCAGUCGAGCUCAGAAGGCGCAAACAGCAAGGCAGAGACACUGCAAAGGGUGUAAACAAGAGACUAGGUUGGAAGGAGAGGCUGGCGCUUGAGCAGGGAGAGCCGUUGUCGGAAACAAGUGACGGGCGAAGUGAUUCCGACGCGACGGGAGAGGCGAAACGAGACUGGAGAAGUGGCAAAUCCGGCGGUGACUGGAGGAGUCAGCCAAGAGCAGCCGAGGCGGAUCGGCAUCCAGGCGAAAGCGCGGAACCCGCAGUGCCGGCAGCAGAUUCGGAGCAUGAGGAGAGAUAG